AAAUGAGCCAGGCAGUGAGCUAUGCAAUACUCGUCCUCACCAUAAUCGCUUUCUUGCUGACAGCCGCAGCUCUGUGCACACCAGCUUGGCAGGUAGUAUACGCACGUGAAAUUCGUCAAUGGGUUCAAAGCGGAUUAUGGUUAUCUUGCCAAACAAGACCAAAUGGGAUGUACAGCUGUACUUACACAUUUUCACAUGACGAUUUCAAUACAUACUUCAGUGAUGAAGUUUCCGGUUUUCGAACACCGUCUUUCUAUCCAUGGCAAAGAACGCUGUUCCACAUCUAUCUGAUAUCCCAAGCUUUUGCCAUGUUAUCACUGAUCAGCUUUUGUGUGUCAGUUUCACACAAGGAAAGCAAGAUGCCGAAUAUUUUGAGAUCUGUUUUCCUUGUUUUGGCAGCGGUAAUUGCUUUCGGAUGUCUUAUUGCAUUUGCUGUCUACUCAUAUAUGGUGGAGUAUCGCUUUUUCCACGUGUCCGUUAGUGGAAUUUAUGAGAAACAUCGAGGAUAUUCGUGGUACAUCGCUCUUACUGGUGCAUUUGUUUAUUUGGUAGCAAUCAUUUUAUCAGUAGUCCAUGUACUAUUGCAAGCCAGAAAUAGCAACACAACAAUGUCAAGACAGAAUAUCAACUCUUCUUUGCAAAGUGAUUUCUUUGAGUACCAAUACCACCCAAAUCGUUCCAUGGAAUCGUUUGAAGAUCGUUUUGCUAUGAGGACACUUCCGCCAGUUCCAAGACAAGAAAAGAAAACGACAGUGUUUUAAUUGAAGAAUCUUUCACAUUUUUGUCAUAUCAUUCAAUCGGUAUUCACUUUUUCUUUAAUAUUUCACUGAAUGACGGGUCUCUUGAUUUUCAUCAUAUUUUUCUUUCAAUCAUGUACUACGGACUGCUGACAAACAAACUUUCAUUCCGAUAAUAUAUUUUAGAAGCCUUUAUAAACAUAAAUAAUUUUCAGUAAA